AUUUGAUUCAAGUGAUGCAUGGUGAAAUUCUCUCUUUCUAUUUCAGGUUAUGAACCAUACCCUGUAAUAGAUGUAACAGCAGAACCAUCCAAAAAGACAAUUGUUGAAAAAACACAAAAACCAGGUGGACCUACCAAAUCUUCUGUUACAAAGGCUCCCAAACGUCCUAAACCUGAGCCAACUGAAGGUGUUGACAACAAUAAGUUACCUGAUAUAGACAUAGGUGGUGAUAGUGAUAUAACAGUUGAUCCAGCAGAUGACAAAAUGAGUACGAUUUCUAACGAUAUUAUACCAGAUGGAGAAAAUGAUGUGGAAUUCAGCACAGGGCCACCUAAUAGCAUUGGCAACUCUGCAGAGAGUACAGGCACUGCUUCAUUCAUGGAGCUCCUUUUCUCCAAUCCAGCCAUCCUGGCAGCUAUCAUUGCUGGUGGUGUGAUUGCUCUGCUGUCUGCCAUUCUCUUAGUGAUGUUCAUUGUGUAUCGUAUGAGGAAAAAAGAUGAAGGCAGCUAUUCCUUGGAUGAACCCAAGAAGUAUAAAGACCCCAAUAUGUAUUGGAAGGACACAGGAAAAGAAUUCUAUGCAUAAAACCGAAAACAGCACACAUUGUUGUUGAGAUGAGAGUCAUACUUUUCAUUACCUUAUAUGGCGUGAUACCUUGAAUAUGCAAAUUACUGUGGAACAUAGCCAAUCACAGGCCACUAUACUCUCACUCUUUCAUUAGAUUUUCAAGUUGCCAUGGUAUUACCUCUUUACAUUACUUGGACCAGUUUGUUCCAGUUGAAACCGGCUGAAAGUAGUUUAAUCCAGUCUCAGUAUUGUGAAAAGGUGCAUGUAUGCAUUAUAUGGGGGUUAUUUUAUUGACAUGGUGCUUAAUUUAGGAAUAACAUUUGGGGCCAAAAACAUAACAAAAUUGUACAGAAAUGUAAUUGGGGCCUCAACUAUCACAUGUGAUGCAUGCUAGUAAACCACUGUGCAGACACCUCAUUGUCCUGCUGGAGAGUGAUUGGUCAGUGUUUGCCAAGGAAACUACCAAUGAAUAGAGGGAAUGCCUCUUAGUCUAAAUUGGGGAAAUAAAUUAUGUAUACUAUUGUGCUGUAUUGAACAGCUUUAGUAGUGGGACAUCAUCAUGUAUGUCUUACCUGCAUAUGGAAUAACUGAUUUUUUUUAUACAGAAAUUUUAAAUUUUAGUAAAUUUACCAACUGUUAAUAAUGUUUUGUAUGUGAUGUCAUCCCCAUGCUUUCCCACUUGUCUUGUUUUAAUAUCACUACCUCUGGUGGAUUCUCUCUCUGUAUUUGUACACUUUUUGUAUAGCUUUCAUAAUUCAUAGGCAGAAUAAGAUGAGAUUUAUCUUCAAUUCAUAUAUUUAAGUGAAAUCUUUAGCAUGGAAAUAUUAAUAACUGGUUUUCCAGUCAGUUAUUGAGACUGAGAACUUUCUUUUCAGAACUGACUCCCUUGACAUGUCAGUAGCAGAUGAGGCCUAUCAAACCAAUCAAUAAUAACUGUUCUGUCUCUUCCACGUUUUUUUUUUUUAAAUUAUAAAACCUGGAUGACCUCUGCUUUCUCUAUUGCUCAGCUCUGAAUCACAAAGAAAUCUUUUGUUGAUGUCUGAAUUUAUUGGCAAAUUGAUGCAUGGAAUCUCCUGUAUAUAUACAGGCAAAACAUUGGACUAGUUUGCUUCCUUACGUCACUAUAAUAUUAUUUGGUCUUUGCGUCUUGUAACACCGGAGUCAGCCAUUAUUGCCUACCACUGCUGUCUUAUCUAUGUUUAUAUCAACCAGUUAACUAUAGUUGUUAUAGUCUGUUUGGUAUAAAAAAAAAAAAUAAAUAAAAAAAAAAAUGACUUAUCUUUAUGUAUCAUGUUGUAUUUUUAUAUACAUCCCAAAAGAAAAAAAAAGAGUGAAUUUCUGGUAUAGCUCUUAGAAAUAAAUAAAAAAAAAAAGUAGCAUUUGCAAAAGUUUAUUCUUUGCUGUAUUUACAUAUGAAAAGUUCUAUUAUACCCAUUUUCAUUUUAUCCAAUCAUAUAAUUCAUAGUACAGGACAAGAAAUUCUUAAUAUAUAUUUAUGUAUAUUAGACAAAAAGUUUGGUCACUUUCAAACUUUCAGUUGAUUUUGCGUUUUCUCCUAGUUUCAACAUUUUCAGGUUUUGUUUUUCGUCUCCAAAAUCAGGGGAAAAAUUAUGUUUAUUGUGAAACUUAUAUUUGUAGCAUUUUAGUAAACUUUAUAGAGGAAAAAAAAAACUUUUUUUGUUACGUAUAUUAAUGCUGGAAAAAUUGAUAAACUAGCAGCUCUGUUGAUGUGUGUGGUGUUGCAGGAGGUUUUGGUUAUCAACUGGAAUAUCAACCAUAACUAGUCAUGUUCUCAAAGAUCUGUCAUAUGAUGAUAAAACUGAUUACUGUAGAGAGUGGAAAAAAUUACCAGGUUUAACUUUAGUCAAUUUGUUGUUCAGGGAUAUUUACUGGAUAUUAUUAAUUUCACUGAUUUGUGAAGGAAACAUUGCAUUCAACUGUUAAAUUUAAAUAUUCACUGGGUUUUAAUUUCGGGAAUUUAUCCAUCAGCAAAAUAAUCAAAAAUAAAACCCAGUGAAUAAUGAAGCCAAGAACAGUGUUCCAAAGGUGGAACAAUUGUAUUAUUUUGUUUUCAUGCCAAUUCUAUGUUUGAGGGCAGUGUUCAAGCGACUAGUAAAACGCUAACUGACACUACACAUAAUCUCAGGGUUGUACAUUUUUGGUUUUUAUAUAGGUAUUGCUUGCAAUCUCUAGGCUUUUUUUAUUCCUAACUUUUCCUAUGUAAUGAUUAUCAUAACUAAUUUUUAAUAACUGUAGUUGAUGAACAUAAACCUGGAUUUAAAAUCAAGUUCAUCUACUACGGUCUUGACCAACAUUUUGUCAUCAUUCAAUUUUUGCUGGUUUUUGUGCCUUUUUACUCAUUCAAAACUAAAAAGAAAUAACUUGGUAUCCAGCACUUAAUUUUUAAACCUGUAUGUGUUGUUCGCAGGCUUUAUAUAUACAACUUUGAUUGAGAUAUUUAACCUGGAAAGUAAAAUUAAUAUCAGUGUGUGAUGCUUUGCUUGUAUCUCAAUAACAGAUCCUUACUGCGAUGUAGUGUUUUAUCAUUACCCACAAUGCAUUGUACUUCCUAUGUAACUAAGUAUCAAAAAAUCAACACUGUGAUGAAUGUUUUCUCAUUACCCACAAUGCACUAUGCUAUAACGUUUAUUUUCAUUGACAAAUUGUCACUGUAAUACAAGUCGUUCUAAAUCGUCUAACCUGCAUCCUAACAUGACUGCUACAUGUAUUUUAAGUUUGGCUUUUGAAAUCAUUCUUGUGGAAUGUUCUUUGUGCCGUUGUAGGAUGAUGGUUCUCAUCAGACUUGAACACAGUGAUAUCAAAGUAUUUGGCAGCUUGUUUCUAUGUUGUCCCUCAAAAAACAAAAUGAAAACAAAGCAAAGUAUUUACUUCAUAUUGAAAUUCACAACCUGGUCAACACGAUCAGAGAAUAUAAACACAACCUGGUCAACACGGUCAGAGAAUAUAAACACAACCUGGUCAACACGGUCAGAGAAUAUAAAUACAACCUGGUCAACACGGUCAGAGAAUAUAAAUAAAAUCCAACUUGUGGUUGUAGUUUUGAAGACAAGUUUACUUUGCUAUCAUUAUUUCUCGUACAAGUUGUUUGAAAUAUUCAUUUUUGUUUGUCUUCAUGUACAUUAUAUGCUAUGUAAUUCUUUGACUGUAAAAACACUGCAAUAAAUGCCUAGCACAGUUUAUACACAAAAA